AUGGCAUACCCGGUACCUCAACCGCCGACGAUACCCUUUCUCGGCAAUGUCUGGGACCUGGAUCCGAAGAAUUCUAUGCAGAGUCUUCUGCAUCUGGGAGAAAAAUACGGGCCUAUCUUCAAGUUGUCGUUGGUCGGUCGGGAGCGAUAUUUCAUUAAUUCGGCAGCUCUGCUGGACGAGCUUUGCGACGAGCGCCGGUUCUGCAAGGCUGUUACCGGGGCCCUGCAGGAAGUGCGACAUGGCGUCAAAGACGGACUGUUCACCGCUUACCCGGGCGAACACAACUGGGAUGUUGCCCAUCGAACCCUAGUGCCGGCGUUUGGACCUAUUGGCAUCCACGACAUGUACGACGAGAUGUACGACAUCGCUACGCAACUAGUUGCAAAAUGGGCACGUGUUGGACCUGACGAGAAGAUCAAUGUUACCGACGACUAUACGCGCUUGACGCUGGACUCCAUUGCUCUCUGUGCGAUGGGGAAGCGAUUCAAUUCGUUCUAUUCCGAAAAUAUGCACCCGUUCGUCAACGCCAUGGUUGGAUUUCUUCUAGAAAGCGGUCGACGGGCCGGACGUACCCGCCUGGAAUCGCUGUUCAGCAGAGCAGCGGCUCGCCAAUUCGAGGAAGACAUAGCCACAAUGAAAAGUGUUGCCGAGGAGGUGAUAGCGCACCGGAGAGCCAACCCGACCGACAAAAAGGACCUGCUGAAUGCGAUGCUAUAUGGUAAAGACCCCAAAACCGGAGAACGCCUGACACACGAAAGCGUCAUGAACAAUAUGAUUACAUUCCUGAUUGCUGGCCACGAGACCACAUCAGGCCUGCUUUCCUUUGCCACCUAUUACCUGGUCAAGAAUCCGGAAGUCAUGAGGAAAGCCCAGGCAGAAGUCGAUGCCGUGGUCGGCAAGGGCCCAGUGUCGGUCCAACAUAUGUCGAAGCUACCAUACAUCGAGGCCAUCCUGAGAGAAACCCUAAGGCUCCAACCGACAGCUCCAGCGUUCGCAGUCCGAGCGCUGGACACUGUCGCGGGCCCUACGGUGCUCGGUGGAAAAUAUCAUAUUCCGCACGAGGCUGUACUCGUGGCUCUGUUGCCCGGCAUCGGCCGUGACGCCGAAGUCUUUGGCCCAGACUGCAAUGACUUUGUUCCUGAAAGAAUGAGUCAAGAAAACUUUGCAAAGUUGCCGAAGAAUGCAUGGAAGCCAUUUGGAAACGGAGCAAGAGGCUGCAUCGGACGACCAUUUGCCUGGCAAGAAGCAAUCCUGACACUUGCGCUCGUGCUACAAAACUUCAACCUGAGAGCAGACGAUCCGUCAUAUCAACUCCAGAUCAAACAGACUCUAACCAUCAAGCCAGACAACUUCUCGAUCCGAGCGGUGUUGCGUGAUGGCAUUGACCCCCUGAAGCUUGAGAAGAAGAUGCACGUUGCAACGGAAACGGAUCAAGUUGUGCAGAGACACCCUGCCGCCGUCAAAUCAGCCGAGUCGGGCAAGCCCAUGCUAGUUCUUUAUGGUUCGAACUCUGGAACUUGCGAAGGACUUGCGCAGAGUCUGGCCGGCAGUGCUGGAAACAGAGGGUACUUCGCGACAGUCAAGCCACUCGAUGCGGCCGUCGACCAGCUACCAACGAAACAGCCUAUUGUGAUCAUUACAGCAAGCUAUGAGGGAAAUCCCCCUGACAACGCGGGCGCUUUCGUCGAAUGGCUGCAGAAUGUCUCGUCGGAAAAGCUCAAGGAUGUGAAGUUCGCCGUCUUUGGCUGUGGUCAUCACGAUUGGGUUACGACCUUCCAGAAAGUGCCCAAGCUCAUCGAUUCCGAGCUUUCCAGCCGGGGCGCCGAGCAGAUCGCCAGCCGUGGCGAGUCUGAUGUUGCGCUUGGAACUAUUUUCGACGACUUCGACAGCUGGCAAGACGAGAGCCUGUGGCCUGCGCUUUCUGCGGACGCCAGUGCCGCAGAGGUUGCAGAAGGUCUAAGCAUGGAGAUCAGUACCACCACCCGUGCAUCGCAUCUGCGUCAUAAAGUCAUGGAUGCGCUUGUCGUCGAAAACACACGCUUGACGCCGGUUGACACUCCUGAGAAGCGCUGGGCCACCUUCAAACUACCCACGAGUCUCACCUACGAGGCCGGCGAUUACCUUGCCGUGUUGCCGAUCAAUGCUGCCGCGACGAUUUCGAGGGUGCUCCGGCGGUUCGGGCUACCCUGGGACGCCAUGAUGACGCUACAAAAGGGGGCACAUACGACAAUCCCGACAGGGGUAGCCAUGCCGGUAACGGCCGUUCUCGGAGCGUACGUCGAGCUCAGCAGCGUUGCGACACGGAAGAAUAUCGCGACCCUCGUCAGGUACGCCGGCGCCGAUGAGAAACCACUGGCUGAGGAGCUUUCCGCCACCACAGGACAGCUCUCGGUGCUGGAAAUCCUCGAGAAGCAUCCGUCUCUGAAUGUGUCCUUCCCGGUCUUCCUCUCCAUGUUGACCCCCAUGCGCAUCCGGCAAUACUCAAUCGCGUCGUCGCCUCUGAGCAACCCGACCGAAGCGAGCAUCAUGUACUCGGUGGUGAGGACCGAAACGGGCCGCAUCGGCGUGGCGACCAACUACCUAAAGGAUCUCCAGCCUGGAUCUACGGCGCAGAUCAUGAUCAAGAAGUCACACGCGUCGUUUCAUUUGCCGCGGGAUCCCAAGACGCCGAUCAUCAUGGUGUGCGCGGGCACGGGGCUCGCGCCCUUUAUGGGAUUCGUGCAAGAACGCGCUGCCCGUUUUGCGGCCACAAGUGAUGGCGGUGUUGAUGGUGACACGAGCGAACCCUUCGGACAAGCCGUUCUGAUCAUAGGCUGCCGACACCCAGACGUAGAUCGGCUGCAUGCAAAGCAGCUAGCUGAUUGGCAGGAUCAAGGCGUCGUCAGGGUGUUUUACGCCUUUAGUAGAGACCCGGACAGGUCGGAUGGCUGCAAGUACGCUCAGGACAGGCUUUGGCGCGAGCGUGAAUUGGUGAGUGACUUGUUCGACCAGGGGGCCCGAGCCUACAUCUGCGGUAGUAGCGCUCUGGGGAAAGGGGUAGGACAGGUCGCGGCCAAGAUGGCCGUCGAGGGGGCGAAAAAGAAGGGCAAAGAAGUCAGCAUUGACAAAGGCCUCGAGUGGUGGGAAGGCCUUCGGGGCGAGAGAUAUGCCGUUGAUGUUUUUGACUAG